GUAAAAACGACACCGAGAACGAUGAAGAUCAUGUAUUUAUUUAUGCUCGAAGAGACAGAUGUGUAAAAAUGUUUGUGGGAAUGUAACAAAUAUUACAUUUAAGAUGUAGGCCUAUAUUUAAGAUGUAUAUUAAAAGGUGACAAAUACAACUCAAAUGAUAUACUGUCCUUUACUUGCAUUAAAUGCCAAUACAAUUCUUUAUUAUGUGUACUGGUGCAAAAAAACGUAUUAACAUUUGGUGAAAAUAAUGAAAUAUGCAUUUGACAAUAAUUUAUUCAAUUUUAUUUGGGUUUCUAUGCAGGUUGACGUUCACUGGCACGCUCAUCUCAUUGCGCGUGCAGAAUCGUCAAUCAGAUUCUCACCUCAAUAGAAAUGGACUGUACUAACUUGGGCGAGGGUGAUGUCUGUGUCAAUUGUAUGUUUCCUUACAAAAAGAUGUAAAGCUUUUGAUGAGAAGAAAAGCUAACCAUGUACCUCCUUACAUAACUUCAGUCUUCUUUUACCAGAAUUAUGUAACAUCUGAAAAUCCGAAGCGUUAUGAAAGCGUAUGUGAUGGAAAACACCCCUCUGUUGGAAGCAUUCGGCGCACCACGUCUGGCUGGAAGAAGUUGAGCGGAGAGCUUGGAAGGAAUGGAUGCAGGGAAGAUGGCGAUGGAUGUAAAAAACAGAGAUGCGUUUUAUUCAAGUGCCGACUACUGCAAUAUCUACAGUUCUCAGGCUGUAAAUUACGGAGAUGGCGGUCAGUAUUUCCCUCAGAUUUCAGGUCCAGACCCCAUUCUGAAGCCAAACCUUGGUUAUAUGUGCCAGCCCUUCCAGGCUAUGACCCCGACUCAAAACCUCCGACCACCACCCGUGAUAAUACCACCGGACCCACUGCGAUUCCCUCUCUGUACCCCUCUCACCGUAAAGCAGCCCCCUCACCUCCAAAUGCCGCCCAGCCUGUCCAUUCCGGCCCCCACUGUCCCCAGUCCCAAACCCCCGGAGGAGGACGGUCAAACGUUGGGCGCUGAUCAGGAAGCCACACUGGAAGAACUCUGCAAGCCUUUGUACUGUAAACUGUGUAACGUCACACUCAACUCUGCACAACAAGCCCAAGCCCAUUAUCAGGGGAAAAACCACAGUAAAAAGCUGCGAAAUUUUUAUGCUGGUAGCCAACAGCCUCCUCCCAUUAGAAUACCAGAGGUAGUAGAGCCUGUUUCCCAACCCCCAGCUGCUCCACCCAUAGAUUCUGCAAAUGUGAAUGCCAAUCAGCCGCUCGCCAAAGGAGCGAGCAGAGUGAUACUGGCAACGGAGAACGAUUACUGUAAGCUUUGCGACGCUUCCUUCAGUUCUCCCGCCGUGGCCCAGGCCCACUACAAGGGCAAGAAUCAUGCCAAGAGACUGCGGCUGGCAGAGGCACAGCAGAACGCCACAUCCUCAGACUUGUCUGACACUCAGAGACGUCCCAGAAAAGAUGGCUACGAGUAUCGAUUAAUGAAGAACCGCAGGGCCCACAUCAACACUGCCAUGCCAGGUCCUUACUACAACCCACGGCCGAGGCAGCGCAUCCCACGUGACCUGGCGAUGUGUGUCACCCCCAGUGGGCAGUUCUACUGCUCCAUGUGUAACUCAGGUGCCAGCGAAGAAGCCGAGUUUCGUGUACACCUGGAGAGCAAACAACACAAAAGCAGAGUGUCGGAACAACGCUACCGAAGUGAGAUGGAGAACCUGGGAUAUACUUAGAGGAAAGAUUAGAGAUUCUGAGGUUGUGAUUUAAUCAUCUUGGCCACUUUUUGUUUAGACUGGAAGUCUGGCACAUUUUUAUAGUUUGAAGUAUUCAAUUGUUCUAGAAGCCAUUUAUUAGUAAAUACUUACAUAAGUGACUUUUAUAAACACUGCAGAAUUGCACAUUUUUAGUGUCUGGCUGAAAGGUGUAGUUAUUGAUAAGAGAUAUCUACUAAACAAUUUAAGGCUCUCAGAAAGAGGGAAAAUGUGGUAAUAGAAGGCAGCUUUAUGUUUGAAAAUCCUUAAAAUCACAGAACUAGGAUCAGUUGCCUAUAGUUUUAUAGUGAUUCGUUAUUACCAUAAUGGUCUUGUCCUAGAUCAGCUUAUAAGAAUUUUGAUCUUGUGCAAGUACACAGAUAUAAGUGGAUGUACACUUUUGUGGAUGAGAUUUUAACUCUAGAUUGGACAGUUUUUGUUGCUUCAAAUGGGGUCUAAAAAUCUGGGAUUCAGAGUUGCAUUUAAAUCCUUGAAAUAAAGAAAAGUAUUAUAAGAGCAAAUUGACAAUAUGAUAUAUAAAUAUGAAUAGUAGUUAUUUUAAAACAUUUUGCAAGAUCCUGCACUGUUUGUUUUUACUUUGUUCUAAAGGUCAGAUUUCCCUGCUGAAAUUUGGCAGUAUCUUUUGAAAUGAGAAUUCUUUUAGAAAACUCAAAAAUUGGAAGCAUUUUAACUAUCUCAGGUUUCUGGACCCCACAGUUUAUGUUUAUUAUUUAUAAUAAUUUCUUAGUUUUUAUUGAUUUACUGUACGUCCAGCAACUACAAUUCAAUUAUUUGGAGAGGUGAUGUCUACUGUGCAGAUCGUCCCGACUAUAUUUUGCAUACAUUUGAUGCCUCAAAAAACAAAAGGACAAAUCAGGCAGCACUUCUGAACAAACAAAAGUGGAAGCCGUGUUCACUGAGCCGUAGUCUCACUGUGUUUUUUUGAGCCUGAUGACUGAGGCUGUGUGUUCCCUGAAGAAUCCAGACGGCAGGACUCCAGCCGUCCUGAGGUGUGCCUACUCAGUGUACUUUGAAAGCGAUGACAAUUAGAUCUAGCCACUCUGAAUUUGCACACAUUUUGUAGAUAUAGUAGCGAGAUAUAGUUUUAAAUAUGAUUUGGUGUGUUUUUCGGUUGUAUAUCUCAUAUUUGAAAUCCUCGUGCUUCAGUUAGUUGGGUGUUGUUUGUUAUUUUAAUCUUGGAUUAUUCCCAGGAAAGCGCUUCCCUUACUAUAGGCAAUGGAAAACAUGGCUAUUUUUAAAAAGGUGACUUUGGAUCUCAUAUUAUGAUGAAAUCUUUGACUGCUAGUAAUUCAUUUCCAGUCGGUCCAAUGAAAUAAACAAAGUUUAUAGAAAUAUAAACUAAAAAUCAAAUAUAUAUUUAAUAUUUUGCAUCCCCAACAGAAAAAAAUAUGACCUUUAUGCAGUUACGUUGAAGGAGAAAAUUCUUAGUUUUCAUAUUUUACAUUAAUGCAUGCUUGAAAGGCAUUGACAAUAUUAUAAAGAAACAUAGUUUCCAUUUUACCGUUCCGUUCAUUCUCAUGUGACAUGUUGCGAGUGUAAUUCUACCACUCUUCCCUGUUUGAUUUAGUAUUAGUUCUGUAGUUUGUUCAACAAAACGCAUGAAGUGGUCGCUGCUUUUACAUAUUUUUAUUUCAGAGAAAAAAGAACAGUUGCACUUGAAGCAAAGGACAAUUUCAGACUUGAAUUUACCGAAACUUUUGCACUUGCUACAGAACUGGAAAAGAGUGUUGUAAAAUGUCCAUGACGAAACACUAUAUAUAUAUUAUUACGGAGAUAUUUACGUUCAUUCAGAUCAAAUGUUUACAGUGGGAAUUAUCACAGAAGACUAUGGAAGAGCUUUUUGGACUAAUGGACACUGUUAGAGCUUUUCCAUAGCGGACUGUGCUUUGAACACACGUUACAUAUUCCUCGGAGCUUAAAGCUUACUCAGCUGUGAUUUUGCACAUUUCAGGAGCUCUGUUUCGUUGCCGUUGUGGCUGUCGCUUUGCAUAUGUUUUAAGCAGGAGGGACUUCCUGACCUAUAUAAUGAUAAAUGUUUUGCAUAGUCAAAUACUAUCUGUUUCAAUCAAGUCCUUUUCUAUAAAUGAACAUGUGGUGAUGUGUUUUACAUGUAUAUAAAUCGAUAUCAAUUGAAAAGAUUUGCAUUAUAAACAUGUUUAUAUGUUCAUAUGGUAAAAAAAUGGAUAUAUCAAUAGUGUAAUUCCUUUGAUAGUAUUGUUGUUGUUUGGUUUUAUUACUUUUGUGGUUUUCAUAUACUUUUAGUUAGUAGAUAGAUUCAGGCAACAAUAAAUGAUUAGUAAUAAAAUGUUUGAUCGGGACCGGACUCAAACCUGCCUGGUCCACAUAAGCACCUCAGCUGUAAAAAGCUGUUCUCCUGUCUUCUAGUGGAAGUCAUUGUAUACUUUUCCAGGGAUUCACCAGUGGCAAGCCAUAUCCUGUUGUUAAAAGAGAUCUGUAUUUUGUGUGGGAAGGAAGUUAUGACUCUGUGUGGAAACCGACCUUCCCCACGGAUGCCAGAAAGGACACCAAAUGGACUAAACAAUCAAAAGUUUUUCCAUUUGUAUUUUAUGGACUCGUAUUUCACGAGUGUUUGUUAGGAUAAGAGGGCACAUUUUAUUUUGAUUGCCAUCUAAAUAAAAUCUUGAUGUAGUGCCUGCCUUUUGAAGACAUUUGUAUAAAAAGCGAUAAAAGGGUCUUCUAAAUGAAUAAAUGUACAUGUUGAAGACACAUUCUUAUAUAAUGGUUGCCUUUGGGAUGUAUUUUACUGAAGUCUGUUAUUUCAUGUCUAUUGAAGGUUUGAGUGCAAUACAGAUGACAGUGAUAUUUAUUUGACCUCCUGACCUCUUCUGUUACCUUGGAGACGUAUUCAAUAGCGAUUAAUUCCUUGAAUUUACAGAAAAAAUUACUGGACAGUACUGGAACUUUAGAAGGUGAUAUAACAUUUCAAUUUCUGUAUUCCGCAGUGGUGUAAAGUAUUGGAGUAAAUGUAAUUAGUUACUGUACCUAAAGGAACAAUACGGCAUUUUUAGGAGGAUCUAUUGACAGAAAUACAAUAUAAUAUACAAAACUAUUUCUUCAGAGGUGUAUAAAGACCUUACGUAAUGAACCAUUAAGUUUGUAAUACCUUAGAAUAAGCUGUUUAUAUCUACAUACAGAGCGGGCCUACAUACAUUGAAUUCGCCGCCAUGUUUUGUACAGCAGCCCUAAACGGACAAACAACUUAACAACGAGCGUUUCCUCUUCCUCUCCGCUGCGGUAUCGUGGUGAAGUGGAUCGCGGGAAGAUCCGUGAUCUGUACGGAUCGUGCUCUCCGGUGCGGAACGCAUCUGACCCGCGGAUUAACUGAAAGUUUAUUCAUCAUUGAGUAAAUUAAUAAACCGCGCUCUCGCUCGCUCUCCAGUUUCAGCUCCAACGCGCUCUCUCUCUCUCAAGUAUCUGGACGAGUACAAUAUUAAAGCGGUUCCAGAUAAACAAUGAUGCUCAAAACUACUCCGUCACACAGCUAAUAUUACAACAACAACAACAUAUGUUAGUAUGUUACUCACAUACUGAUCCGAAUCAAAGCAAUCUCCUCGGGGAUGAUUUUAAGACGAUCUUUCUCUCCAACGUCUCUCUCUGCUGGAAAGUAUCUCCAUAGAUAUCUACGAGUACAUAGCUGCUAACGUGUUUCUGCUGUAAAGUCUUUAUGAUAUUAGCGCAGGUCCUAGCUCCUGCCUGACUUUUAUCCUUCUUUUUAAACUUAAAAUCCACAAACCUUUUAUUUUAUGUAAUACAUAAGACAUAAUUCUUUCUACAGUCUUUCUAAUGCCCGCAAAAUCUCUUCCCUGCGUCAACAUGAGAACUACAUCUUUUUGUACUGUGGUGGCCACCGUCGUGUUUGGACUGAGCGAUUAUAAUACAACGUUAGUGGCCGCUGUUAAUUAAGAACUGCGCCUUUAAGUAUCUUUUUGGCUACUUUGUAGUUGUACUGAGUAUUAAAGAUAUUAGCAACUUUACUCUCUACUUGACUACAUUUUUGAACAAGUAUAUGUACUCUUUACUCCACUACAUUUGUAAUGACUAAUGCAAUUACACAUUACAUUUUGCAUGGCACCUAUCUUUUUUUUGCAGCAGUUUAUUUUUGCUACAGAAGAAUUAACAUUGCCAUUUAAAGGGCAUUGAAGGCACUUCUUGUGAAUUUUGCACUUACUUCUUUAUGUGAAUACGAGUGCAUUAUCAGGUAGUUGACAAUCGCUGGCUACGACUUUUUAAUUUACCUAACAUUAUUUUAUUUAUCCGUUAUAUUGAAGAGACCUUUUUGAAGAAUGUUGGCUUACUUAUGAGCACUUGAGCUUAAAUGAGACUUGGGUGUUUGUAAUAGAUGUAGGUUAUGGUGUCGACCAUGAUUUGUUGCAAUUUUGAGGUGUUCAGUCUUAUUUUGAUUUAAGAAAAUAAAUGUGAUUGCUCUCCUCAUGAAUCAUCUGUUUCUUGUUUUUCACUGACGUGUCUCUUAAGUGUUGAGGACUAUAGUGCUGCUUUGAGCCUACAUUCAGUAUGAGUAAAAUACUCAAGUGCUGUUAAAAUCAGAUACUCGAAGACUUUUACUGAAGUCGUUUUGGAAUUAGUGACUUGUAACUUGUAAUGGAGUCAUUUUCACUGCAAGGUAUCUGUUCUUUUACUUAAGUAUGGCUUUCAGGUACUCUUUACACCUCUGGUAUUCCGUGUUUGAGAUAUAAAUGCAUUCUGGGCCUGUACGGCAACCCUAUGGAUGAUUAUCA